CUAGGCGCCUCGGCGCCCAUCCGUUGUGUUCUUCGAGGUCCGGCGCCCUGUGCCGGGCCAGAUGACCUACUUCCUCCGUGCGCCUUACCGCGCUGGAGAUCCCCUCCUCAUCUUCGUCUCUCUCCCUCAGCGUUCCUUCCUCAGUGCCUCGAGCGCUUGGGCUUUCUCUUCUAUGAUGUUGAUCAAGUGCUCCUUGGUCAGCGUGACGCCCUCCGACUGUGCUGUUUCCUGCGCCUCGUCCUCCCCUCCUUGCGCCUCUUCGGACACAUGGGGUGCCCCUUCCGAGACUGCCUCAUUGGGAGCGCGGCUCCUCUCGCCUGCCAUCUCUGCCGCUUCUUCCAUGACCUAUGUUCCCAAGGCUAUAUUCCCCUAUCUGGCGCGCCAAUUGUUUGUGCCACGUAACCUGCCGCCCCCGAUGGCUCUCGCUCUCCUCCUAUCUUCUACACGCUUCUGCUCCAUGUCCUCUCUCCUGCACGCAAAGGCGCCUGUCGAGCCCCCUUAAGAAGGGCUCGUUAGCACUCCAACGCCCAAGUCAGAACGGUCUUUCUAGAGUGAGAAGUGAGGUGCAAGUUUUAGAGAGAAGUUAGAACCUAAGUAAAUGAGCUCCACCCACUUCACUAUUUAUACCCAGGGUAGGAUCGACCACUGCCCCCCAAAUCCGCCCUAUGUCAUCAUCUCAUUAAAUGCACUGUACUUUCUCCUUCCAUGCGCCCCGACACUCUGACACCGACCUUCGCCAUCGAGGCGCACGGUCCUACCUCCUGUCCCCUCCGUACGCUUUUGGCCGUUGCCCCCCUUUUGUCGCCAUGCGCUUUACCGUUGGUCCCACUGCCUAGGCUACAGCCUCUAGCCCUUCUUUGGGCCGGGCUUUCUUCCUGCCAGGUCCAUGCCUUCAGCCCAUUUCGCCCUCCUGGGCUCCUUGCUUGGGCCACUUCCUGUAUGCCCCCAAUAGAAUCAAUACUACUUGAGUUCCGAUUUCAGAACUAAUCUCAUUCUAUAAAAUAUAAAUAACUUAAAGAUAA